UAUUGUUAAACCUUUUGUAGCAGCAAACAGUAACAAUGGCGAAACACACUAUAGUUUUGUUGGCCACCAUCUACCUCUUUGCGAUGACAUAUUCGCAAGAUAGCGAUUCACCAGUCUACCAGUAUGCCUGUGAUCUUUGUGAUGAAGAUGACAAUUGUGUACAAGAUGAUCAAUGUACACCAUCAGACAACGCUUGCCCGCAAUAUCAAGAUCUGGCAAUUACUGAUGAGCAAAAACAAUCAAUAGUUGAUAAACAUAAUGAAUUACGUCAAAAAGUUGCGUCUGGGGGCGAAGAUAGAUUACCAAGUGCAGCUAAUAUGAAGGAAUUAGUAUGGGACGAUGAAUUGGCAAAUAUUGCCCAAUGUUACGCUAAUAAAUGUGUAUUUCAACACAUGAGAUGUGAAUUAUCUGAUGGUCGGGGUAGAUUUGGGCAAAAUAUUUAUGAAGGAUUUGAAUACGGUAAACCUGAUGAAAAUAGUAUGUCAGAAGAUUAUCCUAAUUUUGUACAAAACUGGUAUGACGAAGAACCGAAAUUUGAUCCUAAUAAUAUUGAUGAAUACAAAUUUGACCCUCAUUCUGGACAUUUUUCACAAGUUAUUUGGGCCAAAACAGAAAGUGUGGGCUGUGGCUCAGCGGUAUGGCGUAAUGAUACUAUAAACUUCUGGCUAGUAACAUUUUUUUGCAACUACUCUCCUGGAGGUAAUGUUAUAGGAGCAAGUGUUUAUGAGCAAGGUGAUUCCGCAUCCAAUUGUGAGAAUGGAGCAUCUGAUGAUUAUUCUGCACUGUGUCAAUAAAUUUUGUAUUAUUUAAAAAAUUAUUAUAUAUGACUAAUAAAAGUAA